UACCAUCGAAGGAAUCCUUCAAACUUUAUUAGCCAUUCUAUAAUUUUGUUAAAGUAUUUAGGUCAUCAAAGCAACGGUACGUACUUACUUCUAUUUAUUUUGAUUUGGUUGACGUCAUUUAGGCUUGUAAAAUUGGUAACAGAUUCCAGCUCCACCAUCAUCCUCUCGGCAUUUGCCGCCAUCAUUGUUGCAUGGUUUGUUUGAAUUUUAAAGAAAACUUAAGGUUCUUCUGUUUACGAAUAAGAAUUUACAAUUAUAAUGAAUUAUAAUGAUUUUGAAACACAGUAAAACCUGCACUUCAUGAUUUUAUAAUAUUACCCAACGGUAAUAUUCGUCGGGCCCGUGCAGGCCCGCUUAGCUAGCCUUAGGCUACCAUGCAUGUUAUAACAGUAAAUAUAUUAGUCUUACGAAUUCCUAGGGAAUGUUGCGAUGUAGCAAAAGAAAAUCCAAGUCACCCUAUGCUAGGCCUGUCAGGACCCCAACUGAAAGGUCCAUUGCAGACACGGCCCCCGUGAUCACGGCAACCCAGGUGUCACAGCCAGCCAGCCAGACUGCUAAUUCAUCGGUGGCAACCCUUAAUCCUCCUGAAGUCCCACAACUUCCUGAAGUCCCUCAUUCAGCUAGCGUGAACUCCGAACCCUUCAGUGGCAACCUCUUAUCCACUUUCUAUAGGGGAUAUUACAACGGAGUAAUCCUUGACAUCAGGUCUACAGCUAUGUACGUCAACGCUAUAACGCCAGUAUUUAUCCUCCACCUCCCUCUGUGUAAAAACAGUCUCCCUGUCAUGGUACUAGGGCAGAAUUUUGUCCGCUUGUGGCGGAUGUCUUCAUGUAAAUAUUAAUCUAUUUAUCAUACAUGAAGACAUAUGGCCGAAUUUUGCUUAAGCCUGCCACUGAUUCUGUUUUCUUCCAGGUCUGUGGCCAAUAAUUGGGCUUAUUUUAAUUGACACUUUUAUGGAAUACAUUGAGUGCUUGAAAACAUUGAUGAACUGAUUGAUUGUCAUAUUGACUGAUUGAAAAACUCAUUGAUUGAAAAUGUUGAUUGAUAUGUUGUUUA